AUGUACAACAAUGUGUUGCAAGAAUAUCUCGACCUCGGCCAUAUGGAGCACACGAAGCCAUGCGAGAUAAUAGCUAAUGGCAAAUACUUCUCGUUCUCUUGCCACAUCAUGCGUUCGUUAAACCCGAUAAGCCAGAUCUCAUGCCGCUCAUUCUGCAGUGGCGAAUGCACAGAUUCGAAUGGUGACAUUGAAAAAAUGUAUCGUCAAAUACUCAUCCACGAGGACGAUAAAGAUUUUCAGCGAAUCUUGUUUCGCACGUCGUCUGACUCUCCUGUCACCGAUUAUAAUCUUAAAACCGUAACGUUCGGCGUUAAUUGUGCACCAUACCUCGCUAUCCGUACCCUGCAUCAAUUAGCAGAUGAUACGAUAGCGACAUUUCCCUUGGCUGCCACAAUACUUAAAACCGAAACGUAUGUGGAUGACAUCCUAUCCGGAAGUCAUGAUAUUGACAACGCCACUGAAUCAUUUUUUCAAGUGAUCAAAGCGCUUAAGUCAGCUGGUUUCAUACUCAAGAAACUAACGGCCAAUCAUCCGGCCAUUUUAGAAAAAUUUCCAAAGGAGGAUCUUCUCGACUCCAACUUUUUGAAAUUUGAGAACGCUUCCACAACUAAAACCCUUGGUAUACAAUGGAACGCACUCACCGAUAAGUUUUCCUACACCAUUCUGCCUGCAUCGACAUCGAAUGCCGUCGCAAAGCGACAAAUCUUAUCCUCUGUCGCAAAACUUUUUGACCCGGCAGGAUGUCUAUCGCCAGUGAUGAUUCAAGCAAAGAUUCUUCUUCAAGAACUUUGGCUAGAUGGCGUUGAUUGGGCCGAAUGUGCCAAACCUAUAUCUUUGGCAAAAUGGCAACAGUUCGCAGAAAAUCUGCCAGCCAUCUGCCACAUCGAAAUCCCUCGAUGGGUUAAUUUCACUCCGGGGCAAGAUACCCAAAUCCACGGGUUUGGUGAUGCCUCGGAAAAAUCAUAUUGCGCUGCGAUUUACAUCCGCGCAGAUGCUAGCAACCAAAGAUAUUCCACUCUCUUGGCUGCAAAAAGCAAAGUCGCACCAUUGAAGACGCUACUUUUGUCAUAA